UGCGCGCCUAUCUCUGUCUCUCUUCUUCCACUGCGAAAUGGCGUUGUGUGAACCAUUGAAACACGGUAGGCUAAUCUAUGUGGCCGGAGGUAGCUAUUUUGAUCGUUUAUAUCAGUUCUUCGAACAGAUCAUGACAGCCACAGUAGAGACAGUUUCGGAGCAGCUGGAUCUCGCGGCUAUCAUGCCAACGGAAAAGGUCAUGGCUGUUGCUCGGGCCGUUACCCUCUCUGAGACUGACGUAGCCACGGCAACUGUGAGCGUGGCUAAACCACGUCUGAUAGGAGAGAACGAUCAGCCGUUGAACUUGAGUCCAGAAAAUGAGACGGACGACUUCUGGCACACCUCUGUUGGAAAGUUUCGAUUUAACAUCGAGGAUCUUCCCGAACAACUUCAGUACAUACACAAACUGUUGAAGGAGAUAAUGACGAUCGACAAGCCUGAUAUACUCUACUACAUGCUUCAAUGUCUAAACGUGAUGUGUCUUUACGGAGAUGCCUUCAACAUGGCAGUGAAGGACCAUCAAGGAUUCUUCAUAUGGUGUCAAGAAAAUUUACUAAUAAAAAACCUGUGGGAGCUCCUAAACGCUGAACACUCUCAUAUAGCCCAAGUCACCGUGCCACUGUUGCUCCACUGUGUCACGCUGUCCUGUGGGAUAGAUACAUUUUGGCGUUUGGUUCAGGAAGAGUUUCACAAUUCCGAUUGGCGCGUCCGAUUUGUGGCAGUCGAAAGAGUUACGCUGAUAGCUAGAUUCAUGGACUCCACUCCCCUGAGAAAUGUCGCGAAUCUCCAAGCUGCUCUAGCGAACGCGUUCUGUUAUUUGAUCGCGAGCAUGGACGACAGCAACGUGUACGUUGCUCAGAGGUCUACUCUGUACCUUGGCACCAUCCAUGAUACGGCCAUGAGGUCUUUGAUCCUCUGCUUGGAAACUCAGUUCGAUACAGUGAUAGUCGACCGUCCGAUGGUGCUCCAAUCACUGUAUCAAUUGCACAACAGCCUCAGCGACAGGCAUAUUUUAACCUGGGAGUUCUUCCUGAAUCGUUUCGACACUCUGUUCUUGGAAGCUCAAAUUUAUUUGGAAAGAUCCGGGGAUAUACCUUAUCUACGAGAUUUGAGAAACACGGACCUGAACAGCGAGACGUUCAUGAAGAAGCUGCACAGGGCGCAGGAAGCCCUGUCCCAGUCGGACGGAAGCGGAACCAACUCCAUAAAAACGUUGAGCGCGAGUUUCGGUACCAAGUGGCCAUACAAGCGCACCAUGUCCGCGCCAGCGUCGAUGAUCCCUCGCCAGGACACGAAACAAGAAAAGGAGAAGGUGUACAGCCGGCAAUACUCGGCGCCUAUCCUGAAGCGCAAGAGCUCCAGAUUCGGACUGGGUCAGUUGCUGGGGUCCACCCCACCUAAUAACAGUAUACCAGACGGUCACAUUCAUUCGUUAAACAUGGUGGACGAGACCAGCGCGUUACCGGGUUACACGCACAAAAUCGUGGACUUGGAAGAAGCUGACAAAGAGACCAUGCACCUGCUGGUCUUUCUACUGAUGCAGUUUCUUUCUAGACCGGACCAGGCCUAUCCAACGGACGAGAAACCUCUGUCAAAAACACAAGGAAUCGUGCUACGUCACUUGUACCUUCUACUAGGCUACAAUCAAACUGAACGCACCUUCCAUACUUCUCCCCAGCGACUAAGAGUUUCACCUGUGUUCAACGUCUUCAUCGCGAAUCUGCCUCAGCUGCUAGACCAGAAUCACGUGAUGGGAUGGGUGAUGACACCUCCAGUUCUGGCUAUACUCCAACAUUGUCCCUGCCCUCCGCAAGGUGUGCCCCCGUCUGAUCAUCAAACACCCACUUACAGUCUCUGGUACCUCGAACCCCAAAACAGACGCUCUUGGUUAAUGGCUCUUCUCGUCAUACUGUACAAGUGCCAGUACGGUCAGCAGCCAUGGUGCAACCAGCUGCAAGUAUUGAUCAAGAUCGUGUUGAACACUCUGGACACGCAGCACCAUCAGUGCAAGAGAAUUCCAGCUACCGUGGUGAUGGGUGGUCCGCCAUCCAGAUCACGUGACGUGUCACAACCGUCUCUAGGCGUGGACCACGAGAUGGCUAGCAUUAUGGGCGAUAUGAACGCCGAGAGCCCUCCGAUGAGAACUCCUAUGGUGUCUGUGCAUCAACGAAGUCCCGGGCCGACUCACGGCCAAAUGGAGACUCACUGGGAGGAAAGCACGCCGAGCUGUCGCUACACGAACAAGCACUCCAGCUACUCGAUCAAUGCGGAUGAUACGGAGUCCGAGCUGGCCGCAAUACCCGAGAGCCCAAAAUCUGACAGCACCUUGCAUGGCAGUAGCGGUGGAUCGCUCGGCGAACUGGAGGAAACACCGACCGCUGUCACCAGAAGCGUUUCGCUCCACGGAUCUAGAGCAACCACCGACAUCCUGACAAGAAUGGAUUGGAACAAUCAGAACGCGAUGAGGAAAUCCGAAGGGAUCAGCAAACCUACUUGGUUCCUCGGAAGCGAGGAGGAUUCUCAUCAGGGAUCUUACUUCAAACUGAAGGACAGCGCAAAGGCUGGAUCCCAGAAGAAGUGGAGCGUACACGAGGGAGUGAAGAUGAUGGUGACGAGUACAUUGCUAAGUGGCCAGGCGGAUCUACAGAGGUACACGCCCGUGUCGAGGAUGGAGAAGAUGCUGGAAAAGGCGGAGAAAGGGAUUCUAGAGAAGGCGAUUCCAGAGAAGCCAGCACCGGAGAAAGCUGCCCAAGAGAGGAACGUCACUGUGCAAAUAGCUCUCAACGGGGACAGUGCCUCCUCGAAGCCUUUCGGGCUGUCCAGCGCUCUGGCGACUACUUUGCCAGCACAAGUUCAAAGACAAAUGCGAUACAGAUACGAGUUGCCAAAGGAGAAGGCAGCGCCGGCGGGCUCCAGUAAUUCAGAUUCGCCGAAUUCCAAGCAACUGGGUCGUCAGAAGCGCAUAGAGCAGAGCGUGACCAUGGCCUCGCCCGUGUCUCCGGGUCAAGUGGUUACAGUGACGAGCAGCGACCAGUCCAGCUCUCCGGCGGUUAGCUCGAUAUCAUCUCAGGUCACGAGCACCGACAACGGCCAGCAUCCGAGCUGGAACGAGCCUCCUCAUCCUCUAACCGCGCCAACGGUCGAGAGACUUUUACCAAUUGGAACCGCUGUUCGUUCAGUCGUUCCACGGCCCACUGUGGGCCAGCGGAUUCUACGCUGCGAGGACACUUAUGGCUCGCCUGAAUCGCCUUUGUCCAAGAUGGACGUCUUAACAGUCAGCUCCUCGUUCGAUCAAGACAGCGAGACGUGCAUGUCUAGCGACAUAACCAGUCCUAGAAGCAUAUCGCAGCUGGAAUAUCCCAUGCCUGAACGACUGCUACCUGUCGGACCUCACAGAGAUUUCACUGGCUUGGUCGAACACGUUCGUCAAGCUCUAGGUGUCCAAGAAAUCGAAGAUUCCAAUAAAUUUAGCAAUGGCAAUGGCAAUGGAAAAGGCGAUGGACAGACACCGGUGAUGAAGCAGGAUAGCACAACGUCCGAGAAUAUGUCAGCAUCGCUGGUCCCAACAUCAAACGAGAUACACUCGAGUAGAUCAACAAGUCCGAGAAGGCUGACCAAGCAAGUAGCUCUGGAAUCGCCACCUCCAGCGAUCGAAUUUUCAGACUAUCCCUCUCGAAUGUUCGACCUUGAUCGAAGAGGCAGAACAAAGGAUCACGUUCGCAUUCAACGUGACAGGCCUCGAAAAGACAGUGUCACUGGACACGAUGGUCCGUUGACCAGGCGUACAGAAUCCUGGUCUGGCCCUCAACUACAACCUAAUUUCGACGUCGCCUCGCAACAAGCCUACCACGCCGAUUUCAGCUUGAAGCAAAGUUUAUUCCGCAUCGGGGACGACUGCAUUUACGAGAGGUGUUCGGAAUGUGGGACGAUAAAAGAGGAAUACUCCGACGAGGAACUCGGUUUAUGCAUCAUCAACUUAGGCACGUUCAUCCAUCGUGAACCAUCCUUGGCAGCACCGAUCUUGCCAGAAAUUCUACGUGUCGUGACAAAGGUGGCUCUCAAUGCCAUGUACCCGUGGCAAAGCGAGACUAACAUGCAUCUACCUGGUGGCGCAAUCAGUGUGGCGCAUCAGUUCCUUCGUUGCGUUCUUCACCAAUUGGCCCCUAAUGGCGUCUUCUUGCAAAUGUUCCAAACGCAUCUGAAUGAAUCCACGAGGAUGCAAUUCUUCAAGAGUGUCACUCAAGCUUUGGUCGACUUCAACGAACUAAAUCCAAUUGCGCCUCUACAAUUACUGCUCGAGGCCUUAAACGCCAAGAAAUCUCUACCAGUGGAACGCCUUUCGACAAUACUGUUCAACAUAGCAUGCUACUUGGACUGUCUACCGCUGGAAGCAGGUCUGGGUCCAGGUGCAACAACCUGGAUCGGUCUUCUAGCGCAAUUCGAUACCCUGUUCCGUAGGCUGGUGCUGAUGCUCUCAUCUAUCGAAGACGCCACCUCGUUAUUAAGGAUUAUGAUUUCAUUAUUGAAGGUUCCCGGUAUUCAACAAUCAAAGGGUAUGUUGGAUCCCUUUAGCAAAGUGUUGAGCUACGCCAUUCAGAAUUCUAAUAUAAAGUACAGUUACCUGACGGAUCUCUGUUACCUCUGUCACAGAGGUUUUUUAAGAGACAGAGACAAACACUUGUUUGGACGAACCAUCGUGUUCGAGCUGAUUCAAGCUAUCAAAUUCAAGACCACAAUACCAGAUUCGAAUUUUCUGUUGCUUCUGCAUUUCGUACUACAGGACAUUGGAGGCUCGUUACCUAACACCGUCGCCUUGGAGAACGUCCAAACGGACGUAUCGUCAAUUUACAAUACUAACGCCUCCGAGUCUCUGAAGAAUCAACUGUCGGACGUGCUCGACUUCUUGGCAGAUUUUCACACUUUGAGCAAAGUGAAGAGCUACAGCAAGGGAAUGCAAGCUGGACUGAACGAGGACACAUUGGGUGGUAUACUGAAGUGUGGUCUCGCGCAGUACGUCGCGCUAGAAAUUACUAGAGGCAAUAACAGGGAGAACAGAGCUGUAGCUCGAUACCUUCCUUGGCUCUAUAGCGCACCUUCAAUGAUACAACAAGGGCCUCGAGAGUAUGUGGACUGCAUAGGACACAUUAGAUUAUUAUCCUGGCUCUUAUUAGGUUCUCUCACGCAUACCGCAAUGUACUCUGGCAACAAUAACACGCACACCCACGGGCCACCGAGCCCAUCCGCGCAGCCGAUACCGCAGGAAGUCUCUUGCUAUGUUGCAGAUCACGUGCAAGUCAUAUUCUCCGGGUUCCCGGAACAGUCCAAAGCAUCGGUCUUGCACAUGUCUUCGUUGUUUCAUGCAUUCAUAUUGUGUCAAUUGUGGACCAUGUAUCUGGAAGAGUUGUCGAAGAACAAUCCAUCAAAUAGUGAGAGUCACAAUACCACGAUGAACAUUUUGUUGGAGUUCUGGGGCAAGAUAACGCCUUGCAUACUGCAGUUGGUUGGAUACUCGAAAGUUUUGGCUGAGAUGGUGAAUUUGCAUUUCCUGAGCCUACUCGAAACUCUCCUCGAGUGUAGGUCCAUCCUAUUGAGUAAAUUGUUACCUCUUUGGAGUCCCAUACUGUAUUCGCAUCACGUUCAGCUACCAGGACAUUUGCAAGUGCGUUUGCAAAAUUGCCGGGACUUUCCACCCAACAAAAUGUCCGAGCAGUUUGCCUCGUCUCGUCGAGAAUCAAAUGCCACGCUCUUACGAUGGCUUCAUCGAUUGCAGUUCAAGAUGGGGCAAAUAGAAAUGCAAUCUUCUACGGCCACGCAAUUUUACUCAAUUUAAACAGGAGAAAUUGAAGAAAAUUAAAAAAAAAAAAAAAACUGUCUAGUCGAUCGGAAAGUGAUUUGUAAAAUACGAGCUCGAUGCUAUGAAUCUUAUUUUAGACGAAAUGUUGCAUUCCGUACUGUAAUAGUCAUUUGUUAAUUGUUAUAUAUAAAAUAUAUUUAUUAUACUAAAAUUA